AUCGAAUAUAUAUAUAACAUACUAAUUCAAAUUGGGCAUAGACAAUAUUAUAUAUUGAACUACGACCGUAUGGCAAUAGACAGUAAAAAGAUUGAUUAGACAAAAUGGCGGUCGAGUCUUUACCAGAAAUAAAAAUCAGUGUUGUUUUUAUUAUUGCUGUUUAUCGGUGAUGACAAAAUGUAAUAAACCGUUAAGUGAUUUAAAUUGAUCUAAGGGCUCACUGUUCUUUGCUAUUGCUAUCUUUAUAAUUAUGUAAGAACAAAGACGCAGAUCGUUUGUGCUCAAUGAUUUCAGAACUUAGACAAAUGAAUAAUAAAAAUGGGAUACUCCGUUUUAUUCACUAUUGUGACGAUCUUGUACUUGAUACGAAUAUCAAGUCAGAAUGAAAAUUAUGAAUGUCCUAAGAAAUGUGAUUGCUUAAAAGAAUACAUUGACUGUUCAAAAAAAAAUUUAGCUUCAGUGCCAAGAAUUCCGAAGUGGGUGGAACAAUUAGACCUAAGUUACAAUAAAUUAACAGAAGAUGUAAUUGAAGGCUUUAAUGACUUACCGCUUUUGAAAAUUUUAAAAUUGAAUAAGAACUCCAUAGCUCAUAUUCCUAACUUUUUACACAAAAAUCAAAUCCUUGAAAUUAGUUUAAACAGAAAUAAUAUUGGAGCUGUGGAUGUUGGACAUUUUUCAGUCAAUAGUUCUAUCACAAUUCUAAGUUUAAACAGCAAUCACAUAAGAGUCAUUGAACCAGAAGCUCUUAACAAUCUUACGAAUUUGGUUACUCUAAGACUGAACAAAAAUGAGCUUGUAUCACUACCUAACCAUUUGUUUAUGCAUCAGACUGCAUUGAAAGUAUUGGAAUUGAACCAUAACAGAUUACGUGUUAUUGAUGGCCUUUUAUUUCAAGGACUUUCAAGUUUAACAACACUUAAAAUUAAAUAUAACAAUAUAGAAAAUAUAAUGGAUGGUGCCUUUUUUGGGUUUAAAUCUGUCAACCUUUUGCAACUGGAUCAUAAUAGAAUUAAGAGUAUUUCUAAAGGCUGGAUGUAUGGUUUAGAAUCUUUAACAUCAUUGUCUUUAUCAAACAACAUAAUAUCUCAAAUUGAUUUUGGCAGUUGGGAACUAUGCACAAACUUGGAAUCAAUAGACUUAUCACACAAUUACAUUAUGAAAAUAGAAGGCCGCACCUUUCAACAUUUGAAUAAUUUGAAUACACUAACCUUAGCCAACAAUAAUAUUUCUGCAAUAUCUCAAGAGGCUUUUAGUCAUAUGGCUCAAUUGAAGAACUUGGAUUUGAAUAACAACAAGAUAUCAUGGACUGUGGAGGAUAUGUCAGGACCUUUUUCAAAAUUGCAAAAUUUAAUGGUGUUUAAUCUAUCAACAAAUCAUAUUAAAUCAAUAAGUUCCAGAGCUUUUGAAGGCCUAACAAAUGUUGUCGAAUUGGAUUUGAGGGGUAAUAACAUAACUUCAAUUCAGCAACAUGCUUUUGAUACUAUGACAAACAUUAGAAAACUAUAUCUCAAUUCUUCAUCAUUGCUAUGUGACUGUAACUUGCUUUGGAUGGUCAAAUGGAUAAAAGACAAAGUAGAACAAAAAUAUGUAACAGCUACCUGUGUUUAUCCUGCCGAACUAAGAGGUGUUGUAAUUUCCAAACUAAAAGAAGAUAAUUGUGGAGAUUCACCAAAACCUAAGAUAAUAGAACAUCCGAAAUCCCAUUUAGCUAUUAAAAAUCGUUCAGCUAAUUUAGUAUGUUCUGCAACAUCAAACCCGUUCAGCAACAUUACGUUUCUGUGGAGGAAAAAUAAUGGUAAUGUGAGUAAUCCAAUGGUUUAUCAAAAUGUAACUUUAUCUGAGAGUGGAAAACCACAUGCUACAUCUGUGUUAGUUAUACCUGACGUGUCUCAUGCUGACUCAGGUAAAUAUCAAUGUGUAGUAAGUAAUAAAUUUGGCAUCACUUACUCAUCACAAGCAAAGGUAAAUAUAGUUACAUUUCCAAGAUUUAUAAAAACACCAACUAAUGUUACUGUAAAAACUGGGGAAACUGUUACAUUGAAAUGUGCCGCAACGGGUGAUCCUUCACCAGAAAUAUCAUGGAAGAAAGAUGGUGGGAAUGACUUUCCUGCUGCAAGAGAGAGAAGAAUGAAUGUGAUGCCGACAGACCAUCUAUUCUUUAUAGUCAAUGCAAAAACCACUGAUAUGGGAAUAUAUAGUUGUGCUGCUAAAAAUCCAGCAGGUACAAUUAUAUCUAAUGCAACUCUAACAGUGCUUCAGGAACCAUCCUUUAUAAGAGUCAUGGAAAAUAAAGAAGUCACAAGUGGUGAAUCAGUUGUUUUACAAUGUAUGAUUACAGGGUCACCUAAACCUGUAUUGAAAUGGUCUAAAGAUGGAAUGCCAUUAAUACCUACAGAACGGCACUACUUCACCGCAGAUGAUCAACUUUUAGUAAUAAUUGGUGCAGAACCCAAUGAUGCUGGACAGUAUGAAUGUGAAAUUAAAAAUGAGCUUGGUUCUAAAAAAGAUAUGAUAGAGCUAAAAGUGUUACCACCGGUGGCUAUAAUGGUUAAAGAAGAAGAUAUGACUGGUAUUAUAAUAAUCACUGCUGUGUGUUGUGCGGUAGGAACUUCCAUAAUAUGGGUGGUAAUAAUUUACCACACCCGCCGACGCAUGGCUGGAGCUGUACCCAAUUAUCCUUCUGAAAGUGUGAAAAUGACACAAAUUGUUCAUAGUGAUAGUGAAACACCUCACAUGUUCCCGGACAAUUUAUCUGAACAUUCUUCUUGUAAAGAUAGUGGAACAGGUGACUCGGCUAAGCAAACAAGCUUUGAUGGUGUGCCUACAGACAGAAGUGAUCAGGUACAUUUUGAAACCGCAGUGUGUCAUAGUUAUUCUCCAGUGCCAGAAGCACAUAAGCUUCUACCUUCCUCAUUUAAACCAUCUAUUCAGGUGUGUGUAAACACCUGUGUUACACCAGCUACUUAUAGUUUCUCUAGUCACAGUGGUAAUGUUUAAGCUUAUGAAAGUAUACUUAUAAUAAAUCUAAGACAUAGUUACAAAUAGUGAUGUAUUUGAACAGAAGUGUCUAUACUUACUCCAUUUAGAAUGUAGAGUUGCUCUUUAGUUAGUAAAAGGUCCUAACUUAGGCAUUUCACAUUGAAUGCUUAGUACAAAAUAUGUGUAGCAAACUUGCCAGUAUUGGUUAUUUGUAAAAGACUGAAUGUCCUUUAUGUAUAUGAACAUUGUUUUAUGUCUAGGCAAUAAUAAUUAUUAUAGAUGUGAACAAAGAAAAUACGUUUAGUAUUCCUUAAAUUAUAAUUAGAUUAUAUUGUGAUUUUAUGGGUAGCUUUUAGUUUUACAAUGAGAUUUCUGAACAGCCUUUUAUAUAGACUAGCCUACAAU